AUGGAUCAGCAGGUUGUUACUGUGGAUCAGUUCACGGCCGCCAUGGCUUCUAUCCAGGAGGCCUUGGCUAGCCUCCGACAGGAGAUCAGUGGUCAGCAGGGUAGACCACCAAUGGCUCGGGAUGACGCCCAGUAUGACCCUACAGUGCCACCGCCUCCUCCACCCAGUCAGUCAACGCCACAGGUCAUGCCGUUCACUCUGCAUAGUCAGACCGGGGUUGCCCCGCCUCCCAUCACCAUGCCCACCCCGACCUCAGAGGACCCACAUGCUCGCAUGGAUAGGCUUGAGCAGGGUUUGAGACAGUUGAGGACUUCAGAUAGAGCCACUACUUGGGAGGGUUUUGAUGGAGUGUCGGUAGCCAGCUUGCUGGCUAAGUUCAGGAUGCCCGACAUUGAGAGGUAUACUGGCAUUGGUUGUCCACGCCUCCAUCUCCGAUUAUACAGCACCGUGAUGAGGGCUCAUGGACUGGACGAGCCUCAGAUGAUUACUCUUUUCCCACUAUCUUUGAGUGGGGCGGCCCAGCGUUGGUUUGCAUCUCUGGAGGCCUCGAGGCGCCGCACAUGGGACGACUUGGCCCAGGAGUUCUUACGACAGUUUUCAUUUAACACUGUCGUAGAUGUAUCGAGGAGGGAGCUCGAGGCUUUGAGACAGAGGACAGAGGAGUCCGUUUCUUCUUUCAUUUCCCGUUGGCGUGGGAAGAUAGCUGAGAUAGUGGAUAGACCAUCAGAGAGAGACCAGAUUCAGAUGGUUUUGAGGAGCUUACAGCCCAGGAUCGCCAGACAUGUGGUUGGGGUCCCGUUCGCAGAUUUUGGGUUUCUGGUUAUGGCUUUGUACGAUGUUGAGGACGGCAUCUCGAGAGGAUUAUGGACAGAUUCUUCCCCUAGUGAUAUUAAGGGGAAGAAGCCCUUCGUAGGGCCAGCAGAUGUGAGCGCUAUCGGUUCAUCCAGUCAAAGGCCUCCUAGGCGUUAUCAGCCGGUCUCACAGCUCCUUGAGACUCAUCCGUCUUGCACACCUCAGCAGUUCAGGCCACGGGCACCUUGCCCGGCUUUCGAUCAGACAUAUCAGGCUCAGCCAUUGGCUCUACCUUACUAUGCCACUCAGGGCGUUGAGAGGCCUCCUGUUUCAUACACGGCCACUGGACAGCCAUGCUACGCUGCACAGUUCACUCCGAGGCCCGCGCCUUUAUACCCUAGGCCUCGAGCUCAACAGACCUCUGCACCUUUUGCUUUGAGGACGCAGAGACAGUUUUCACAGAUAGGCAUGCCGUUGAGCCAGGCUCUUCGGAAGCUCACAGAGGCCGGUUUGUUGACUGCACUCACUCCGAGACCGCUCCCUCAGCCUCUACCUCCUCAGUUCAGGAUGGAUUUGCAUUGUGCCUAUCAUCAGGGGCUAGGACAUGAGACCGAUCGAUGCACCGCACUGAGGCACGCCAUCCAGGACUUGAUUGAUCAGGGUUUGGUUCACUUGGGUCAGCCGAGUGUAACCCAAAACCCACUACCGGCCCAUACCACGCAUGCAGUUCCUCCUCCAGACGGAGGUAUUCAUUUCCUGGAUUUUGCUGAUUCAGAUGACCAUGUCUACAUGAUGAGCUGGGACGACAUGGAUCCAGAGCCCAUAGAGUUGGAUGAUAUUUAUGAGAUGAGCAGCAUGUCUUUGGGGCCUCAGGUGCCCACUCCAUUCAGAUUAUUUCCUGAGACAGCCUCAGUACAUGCGUCCAUUGUCGAGCCUCCAACUUCCACGCACUAUAGCGUUCAGACGUCGUUCGUCUUAGUCCCAGAUGUUGAGGAGUUUCAGGCUCCACACAGUGAUGAUCCUCAGACUCCGGACGUUCAGUAUAUCCUCCGGGGAGGGAGAGUAUUGAGACAGCCACCUCCAGCCGCUGCCGCUAGACCCUUAGGGGCGUCCUCUAGUACUCAUCGGGAUGCACUGACUCGAGCUCUGAGCCAGAUCAGAGUUGAUACCACGACCACCCCCGAGGGACUCAUUCAUAUGAUGACGGCUGGCAGAGCCGCUUGUAUCGUCUUUUCCGAUGACGACUUGCCGCCAGAGGGUUCAGACCACAUGCGUCCUCUCUAUAUAUCUGUUGGCUGUUCAGGUCGCCGAGUUCCAUCUGUCCUUCUGGACAAUGGCUCGGCCCUGAACGUAUGUCCUCUGGCCACCGCCGUCGCUCUUGGAUACGCACCAUCUGAUUUCGGCCCAUCCACGCAGACCGUCCGAGCUUAUGACAGCACUCGCAGAGAGGUUUUGAGGAUUCCUACAUCCUUUAACCUGCUGUUGGGCCGACCGUGGAUUCACCGAGCUGGAGCCAUUCCUUCUUCACUUCAUCAGAAAGUGAAGUUCAUCCAUGAGGGUCAGGUAGUCGUCGUACAGUCGGCAUGGGACAUGUUCAUUUCCGCUGAGCCCGUGCUCCAGAUCAGCCAUAGCGACGACGACUUACUGCUGACCUGGUUCACUUUUGAUGAGGUACAGACUCUCGAGCUAGAGGACUUUUGCCGAGACUUCGUCGCUAUGUCCUUUGACCAUCAUGGUAGCGUUGUAGUGCUUGAUAUGAUGAGAGACAUGUCCUAUCUUCCUGGCAUGGGAUUGGGUCGACGUUAG